AAUUUGGGGCCCCCUACUCUCUUCAAUGAGUUAUUUUUACAAUUCAAGUGGCGUAUGACUGUUGUGGUAGUUCUGUUUGUAGCAAGAUCUUUUUGAAAAACUACUUAACUCACUAAAUGCAGAUUUAAUACUUAUCUUGUGCAGUUUUGGGGAGGGAACAAUGGAAGACUGGCAGUUAAAGCUAGACAGAGUAAAUGAGAGAGGGAAACAUCUGUUGGAAACAGGGAUUUGGAGUGACUGUCAGUUCCUUGUGGGUGAUGGUCAACACAAAAAGAAGUUUUCGACUCACAAGAUGAUACUGUCGAUGUCCAGCCCAGUUUUUGAAGCAAUGUUUUAUGGAGGUUUGGCAGAGGAAAAUGAUCCGAUUGAAAUUCCAGACGUACAGCCUGAAGCAUUUACUGCGAUGCUCGAAUAUAUUUAUACAGAUGAAAUAAAUCUUACAACGAUAGAGCAGGCCUGUGAAUUGUGUUACGCAGCCAAGAAAUACAUGCUUCCGUUUCUGGUCAACCAGUGCAUGAGUUACAUCUGGAAGGAUGUUAAAUACCCGAUGGCUUGUAGAGCAUACGAAUUCGCAAAGUUGUUCGACGAGGCACAUCUCAUGAUUCGCUGCAUGGAGAUAAUUGCAUGGAAUACAACAUUGGUUCUUAAUGACAGAAACUUUGAAGAUGUAGAACCAAGCACUCUGUUGGCGAUUCUGGACUGUGAAAAACUGAAUAUCAGAUCGGAGCUGGAACUUGUUUUGGCGAUUUACAAGUGGGCAGUUCACCAAUGUAAACAGAAAGGUCUAGAAACAAACAAGCAAGAAAAUCUUAGAUCAGUUUUGGGCCCUGCCUUGAGCAAGAUCAGAUUUCUGACGUUGUCCCCGGCCGAGUUCGCUUCAAGUCCUGCUAUUCCUGAACUGCUGACGCAGGAUGAAGCGUUUGCUCUUCUGAUGAAGAUCUCAUCUCCCUCCACCGUGGUGACUGUUCCUGAUGGAUUCUCAGUGUCUACAGUGGCUCGAGCCAACUCCACGCAGCCCACGUCUCUGCUUGACCACACUGUCUACUGCUGCGAACGCACCAUCGUGCAGCACAUCUCCAUCAAGAACUAUAGCCGUAUGGACAGUUAUGUGACAUUCACAGUCAACAAGGAUAUUGUUUUACAUGGCAUAAUGAUACCAUCACAGCUGAAGCUGGACUCCGAGGAAGAGAGUGAUGUUUUGCAGAGAGAAGAACUGGAUGAAAAUCGGGUGUACUGUAACACGAUGUCUACAGGAACGACCUAUAUGGAAAGCGUUAAGGUUUUCCUUCAAGAUGCCAGAGGUCGUCAGGUCUCUUGUGCACUGUUUAACAAGCGAGUCGGCUUCAAACAGCUGAUAGACAUCAAGUUGACUGAACCGGCCCGCCUCUAUGCAAACAUAACCUAUAAACUUAUUGUGGAGCUGAACAAACGUGGGUGGUAUCCCAUGGGCACUUAUUCAAAACACACCAAUGUCAGCGCAGGGGUCCUUUUUACUUUCUGUGUCGGGGACCCGACGGAAUCAUUCAGGGAUUGCAUCAUUCGCUCGAUACUGUUCUCCGAGCCGAUGUACAGGAGACGUAGUAGAAAUUUCGAUCAACCCAGCUUCCAAGAAAUCGAUUGAAAUCUCCAGUUAAAUGCAUUUAAUAUAUAAAGUUUUUGUAGGGCACAAAUUAAUCACUGCCUUUUUAAAAAUGGAAUGCUUUGCUACAUUUUUAUAGAUUAAUAUAAUUAUUAGUGCUAAAUAGUUUGGUAAUUAUAUUUUCGAAGUACAUUUUGCAGUCAGAAAAUAAAACUAUAGUUAUAAUGAGUAUUUUGUGACAUGGAAAAAUAAGUUAUUGUCAAGAAUUAUUAAAUAACUUAACCCUUUAUACUCAAGUAGUGGAGCUCCUAUACACCUAUACCCACUCUUACAAUUUACAUAAGUAUUUAGAUAGAUGCAGUGCCUGUUUACCGCCAUUGUUAAUUUUGUUCUGCUACUUCUAGUUUGUUUCAGAACGUCUGAUGAAUAAAGUUUCAUUGUCAAAAAAAACUUUGUAAGUGAAAUGUUUUUGUUUGGUUGCUUGAUAUAGAUAACACUGUCAAUCCAUGUAGGUGUCCACUCAAUAGAUGUCCACUUAGGUUCAGAUUUAUUUGUAUUUAAGUUCCAAAUAUGUCAAGUCUUUUAUCUAUAUAUGUCGGUAAAAAGUUUUUCUCCCUCAGUAAGUAAAAAUAUAUACUUAAUAACAAAAA